AUGUCAAGGAUGAAUACCAGGAACGGCGGAAUCCGCAACGCUGAAGGGUCUGCUGUUGUUAGCCAGGAGAAGUCAGCAAUGACUGCUCCGUCAACUAAAGCCUCUGCUACAUCGGCGCUCAAGCGUACUGUAGAUUUGUUCACGGAGGAAGACAAGGAGGCGAUCCAGCCUGGUAAAGGUGGGAAGGACGCUGCACGCGACUUGGUGACUGCUGCGACAAACGGCGUCAAGCCUCCGCCGCCUGAUGCUCCCGGAAAGGUUGACCCUGCAGCUAGAGGGAGCAACACAGCGAGUCAGCAGGAGAAGCAAGAUGCGGUUAACCGCAUGGCUACAACGGAUGAUGAAGAAGAGGACGACAGCUACUUAAGCGACGACCCAGUAGAGCGGCAAGAUGUGAUGGCGAAGGGGGAGGCUGCUCAGCGGAUUCGCUUUGCCACCACCCUUCUGAUACCGGUGGCUUUUAAGCCGGAAGUGACGCGGGUGACGGCGACGUUGUGUGCGCUAUUCACUAUCUGGAAGAAGGACUUGGGGAUGGAGGUUCAGUCGACUACCAAGUUCCAAGAGCUGCAGGACAAGAACAAGAAGCAGUAUUGUCGGCUUCAAGUGACCUUUGAGCGCGCUCGCGAUGCAAACUUCGUUUGGAGGCAUGGUAUUGUUCACACCUGCCUUGACGGGAAGACCCGGAUCAACUUGGACUGGCAGCACCCAGUGGACCCGGCGUAUGUCAAGGCGCAUGCUGUGGACCCGUCGCUCGUGGAGGUCCUGUUUAAGGGGGUGGAUGCGAUGAUUACGCCGGAAAUGCUUCGUGAGAUGCUGGUGGUGGUGAAGUUGGUGGUGCGCGGGAGGUUCGCUUUCAAGAAAUGGUGCUGCUUCCAUCGCGUGGUCAACCCUGUUACGGGGAUGGACACGGACAAAGUCAAAGGGUUGGUGAAGCCGCAUGAGGGAGACAAGUACCGCUGGCGGCAUCUGGUAGAUGAUCCGAUAGAUAACGACAAGCAGCUGCUGGUGCACUACCCGUCCCAUGCUAACGCCGUGGGUGUGUCGGAUCAGCGCAGCCGCCUCAGUCAGGAUCAAAGAUCUGACCAGGCUCGUCUUGAAGGACCCGCUGAGGAUCAUAACUUCUGGUCGGAGCUCCAGCCGCACAGUAUGGCUGCGGUAGAGGCACCUACCAGAGCAGGAGGGGUAGCUAUCCUGUGUUUUCGGGAGGAUGUGCUGGUGGAGGAUAUUAAGCGGCAUCCCUCUGGCAGGCUGCUUCAUGCUAGAAUACGGUGGGGGACGAGACAGGUGCGGUUGCUGGCGGUGUACUUCCCCGCGCAAGCGCCUCCACAUGGGAGUUGA